GUAAUAAUUAAAUAUUAAACACACACACUCUCUCUCUACUCUAGAGACGAAUAUGUCAUAUAUGCAUAUACACACAUCAAGCACAUAGAACUUCCACAAAACCAUCUCAAACAUUCCUUUUUCUGCUUUUAAAACCACUUGCUCAAAAGCUACUCAUUUUUCGUUUUCACCUUAAAAAUAUACCUUCUGCUUGCUCCUCCUCCUCCUUGUUCUUCAUCCAUGGAUACUUCUCAAUGGCCACAGGAUAUAGUGGUGAAACCCAUGGAAGAAAUUGUACCACAAAUAACAAAUACAAUCACUACAAGGAAAAUUAGGCCUCAUCAACAACAAAAAGACCAAGCUCUGAAGAACUGUCCAAGGUGCAAUUCAGCAAACACAAAGUUUUGUUACUACAACAACUAUAGUCUUUCUCAACCAAGAUUUUUUUGCAAGACUUGUAGAAGAUAUUGGACUGAUGGUGGAUCUCUUAGAAACGUUCCUGUUGGUGGGGUUUCAAGGAAAUCCAAAAAUCCUUCAUCAAAAAAUUCUUCUUCUUCAUCAAAUAUUAUGAAAAAUAAUAUUAUUUCUCCUACUAAAGUACAAGAUCCUCUUAAAGGGGGUCAAGAUCUCAACUUGGAUUUUUCAUCUGAUUUCAAGAUUAUAUCUGAGCUAAUCCAAGUACCAAAUAAUUCAUUUAUGCCAAUGCCCAAUAUUUCUGAUCCAAAUUCAUCAAUUUACUCAUCACUAAACUUGUUCUCUACUUUGGAUCAUGGCCUAAUUGGAAGUAGUACUAGUGGCUAUGAAUGUAAUAAUAUUCAAGAUUUGCAAGAGAGUACUACAACUACAACAAGUGGAAGGAUUUUGUUUCCUCUUGAAGAUCUAAAGCAAGUUUCAAACACAUGUACUACUGAUGAGCAAAAUAGAGAUCAGCCUACUGGAGAAUCAUCAACUGGAUAUUGGAAUGCAAUUUUAGGACGAAAUGGAGAUCUUGGUAAUUAAAGAAAAUACAACUCCCUCUGUCCUAAGACAUAUUUUUUAGUCCAUCCUAAAAAUUUAAGUCUUCUUUAUAUAUUUAAAAAUAAUUUAACUUUAAAAUUACAUUUUAUUUAUAAUGAUAUGAUUUAUGACUACACAAAUUUCUAAGCUUAUUUUAGAUCACAAGUUUCAGAAGUUUUUAUUUUUUUUCUUAAUCUGCGUGCUCAGACAAACGGUGCCACAUAAAUUAGGACGGAUGGAUUAUCUUGUAAUAUAUCAGGGAUUUUUCAUAUCUUUCAAUUUUUUAAUGAUGUUUUUUAGUGUUUAGUGGUGGGAUAUAUUUAAUAUCUUGAAGGGUUAAAGGGUUCUUCUGAUCUCUUUAAUUUCUUGUUUCAUUUUUCAGUAUAGUUAAUUAUUUGUGAUUCAACUUUUAAUUAUGGUUGGUGGAAGUUAUAGUGUUGAGACUUCAAUAAUGUUACUAGAUGUGUGUCUGGUCUUUCAAAAUAGUGCAUUUUUAGAAAAUUGCAUACAAGCACGGCAUUAUUUUUGAAAGUCAAGAGUACCGUACCAUAGGUGGAAAGUUUGAAAAUUUAAAGCUUAUUUAAGUUGGCUUCACUACUUUGAACUGGUGGAGAAGAGAUGAUACUGUACCAUUAUAUUCUUCAAGCACAAAUGGAAGGAAAAGUACAUCCACUGUUGUUCUUCUGAGUAGUUGACUUCAUACCAUUAGAGAAUGACAUUAUUAAUGCAUUGUGUAUAUUCCAAGUUUGCAUUGAGUUU